AUGGCUUCCAAACAGGGAAUUGAAGAGGCGCAUAUCCAAGACGCUGACGCGAACGAAUUCCAGGGUCUUGUUCUCAAAGAUGUCAUCCCAACCGAUCGUCCGCCAUGGUACGCGGAUUGGACGCUGUGGAAGCUCAAUUUGUUACUUCUGAGCGGUUUGUUAACUCAGACAGCCACUGGGUUCGAUGCAAGCAUGCUCAAUGGUGCACAGUCUCUCCCACAAUGGCAGGAAUAUUUCGGCGAACCCAAAGGAACUCGUCUUGGAGCCAUGACCUUUGGUCCCAACGGUGGCGUCCUCAUCUCGAUUCUCAUCUCCUCUCAGCUUUGCGACUGGCUCGGUCGUCGAAUUCCCAUUCUCAUGGGCUCACUCACCAUUAUUGUCGGUGCCAUCGUCCAGACCUGCUCCUACAACUACGGCAUGUUCGUCGCGUCCCGAUUCAUCAUCGGCUUCGGUCUAGGAAUCGUUUCAACAGCCGCACCGCCUUUACUAUCCGAAGUCACAUAUCCUACACACCGAGGAAAGGUCGUGUCCUUCAUGAUGGUAUCUUGGCCACUUGGCGCUAUCAUCGCUGCGUGGGUCACGUACGGCAGUUUCACAAUGACGAGUUCUUGGGCAUGGCGUCUUCCCAGUCUUCUGCAGGCCACUUUCUCCGUUAUUCAGGCUUCUCUGGUCAUGUUUGCACCUGAAUCACCGCGUUGGCUGAUCUACAAGGGUCGAUACAAGGAAGCUCAGGACAUUUUGGUCAAGUGGCACGGUUACGGAGAUCCCAACUCUAGACUGGCUCGCUUCGAGAUGGCUGAGAUUACUGCGACUCUCGAGAUUGAGAAAAUUCAGCAAAAGUCUCGAUGGGCAGAGUGGGUUUCUUCUCGUGGUAAUUGGCAUCGAUUCUUCCUCGCCUUGUACAUUCCCGCCAUGUUGCAGUGGUCCGGCAAUGCCCUCACCUCAUACUACCUCGCCAAAGUGCUCAACUCGAUUAAUAUCACCGACCACAAGACGCAACUACUUUUGAACGGCGGUCUUCAAAUGUGGGGUUUCCUCUCCGCUGUUGUUUUUGCAACGCUCGUUGAUAGAUUCGGUCGUCGUUCUCUCUUCCUCCUUGGUAUGUCAGGCAUGGGCGCAUCGUAUAUCAUCUGGACAAUCUGCUCUGCGCGCAACCAGCAAGAGAACUUUGAACACAUUGGUUUUGCUGGUGCAGUUCUAGCCAUGAUCUUUGUCUUUUCCUUCUUUUACCACGCUAUCAGUCCCAUCGGCGCGACAUAUAUCAUGGAGGCUACCCCAUAUUCGCUUCGUGCAAAGGCGUCCAUGCUUUACCAGUUGACGGGUAAUUUGGCGGGUGUGUACAAUGCUUUUGCGAACCCUGUUGCGAUGGAGGCGAUUUCAUGGAAGUACUACAUUGUUUGGUGUGUUGCUAUUGGUAUCCAUUUGACCCUGAUUUUCUUCUUCUUUCCUGAGACCAAGGGUCAUUCUCUUGAGGAAGUGGCAGAGAUCUUUGAUGGGCCUGAUGCGCCAGUCGGAUCCAAUGCGAUUGGGCAGAAGAAGGUUGAUGAUAUGGCUAUGCAUUAG